AUGGGGACCAAAAACAGCCUAUCCGCCACAUGGGUUGCCGGCGCCAUUGGCGGGUUAGCAACGUGGGUUGUCAGCGCGCCGACAGAGUUCGUAAAGUGCAGAGCCCAAGCCGCCCCUACGUCUUUGUCGAGUUUCGACAUUGCAAAAUCCGUGGUGAAAGAAAAGGGCGUGAAAGGUCUAUACACGGGCGGAACCGUGACGGCGCUCCGGGAUAGCAUUGGUUAUGGUUUCUACUUCUGGACAUAUCAGCUCAUGUCAAGUAUGUGGCCUGCUGCGCAGGACGGAACAACCUCCAGCGUCCUCUCCGAUGCACCCAAGGUUCUCCUCUCGGGCGGCAUUGCGGGCAUGGCUACUUGGGCCAGCGUGUUUCCCCUGGAUGUUAUCAAAACCCGGGUACAGAUCCAGGACUUGGAAAUUACUCCUCUGCUUGGCAACCAAGGUGCGGAGCAGAAGAAACCUCGAGGUGCCUGGCAGUUGACUAUUGAGGCCUACCGCCAUCAUGGCUGGAAGGUUUUCUUUCGAGGGUUUGGCGUUUGCUGUGCGCGGGCCUUCGUUGUCAACGCUGCUCAGUGGGCAGUGUACGAAGCAGUGAUGCGGGAGUUGCAGCCAACCAAAUUCCCAUAA